UCAUAAUCAUCAUCAUCAUUAUCAACAACCAUCUGUAUCAAUAGUUAACUUGAUUGUCUACUUUUAAAGCCAAUCUACUCACAUUACUUAAUUGUAACAAUUAAAGAUCAUUUAAUAAGUGUUGUUAUUCAUUUACAAUGAAAUUCAAUCAUAAUGAAUAACUUAUAAAUGAUUGAAAAUUGAAAUUCUUUUUCCAUGAGUUGUUCAAUUCUAUUGUCAUAUUGUCAUGUAACCUGAUUAUCUCUCUUACUCUUUCAUCAUUCUAUUAUAAUAAUAAUAUCUAUUCCUCGAUGAUUCUGUAAGUAGAAAUCCUUAUACUCGAUCAAAAUACCAUUUCCAUGAACGAACCAAAAAGAACCGUUAGAAUGAAUAAUUUUAUCAGUCAAGAUGAAAUUAUAAUUCGUUCCUGGUUGAUAAGUUUCUCCCUCAUUGAAUAAUACAAUCAGAAACUAAAUUUAUCUUUCGAAAUUCGAAUAAAUAAUUUUUCGAAUCAAACAUCAGGUUGACCUAAAAAACGUUCAUCAUUAUCAUCAUCAUACCCUUCCAAUGGCAUGAAAUUAUUUCAUCAUUUAUACUCAACUUUUAUUUAUUAUUUUCUAUUUUUCUCUUCCAUCUAAUUGUUUCUAAUAACUCUUUAUAUAUAUUAUCUUAAUACAUUAACCACGCUACGAAAAUAUUAUCAACCAAGUUAAUCGUAAUUGUUGUUGUAUAUUAUUCAUGAAUAUUAUUUCAAACUCAUGAUCAGGAAGGCCCAAGAAAUUAAGGAUUUGAUUAAAACAAUUUUCCUUCACCUGUUCACCACAAUUAAUGCUGUUGCUGUUUAAUCAUCAUCUUCAUACCUGUUGUAUUGGUGUGAGUCUUACUUACAAUUAGACUUAUUAUUGAACGAAAACAUAACAUGAACAUUACAAGUGAACAGGUGAUUGAGUAAAUUGUAUAACCAAAGAUCUCAAUUGUUGCACCUUCCUGAUCAUGAGUUUAACCUCAGUUCAGUUAAUCGAGUAAGAAUUGGAAUCAAAGUUUUAAUUCAGUUCUGGACCAAAAUGGAGAUUUCAUUUCGUUUUCAAUUUAAUGUUAUCAUUUUCUUGUGCUUUAAUAGAUCUAACAGUAAUUAAAUGAUUGAUUAAAUUAUCUAAUUGUGCGACAUUGUAUGGCUACAAGUAUCUUCACAAUAUCAUUAACAUUAACUAAAACAGAAAAAGGUAAAUUAUCAAUUGAUCCAGUUAAUCAAAUUGAAAGUGUCAUUGGAUUAACCAAGGAGAUUAAAUUACCAGUGUCACAAUCAUCAUCUUCAUUAAACCAACCGAUAUUUUCAGAUCAAUAUUUCCAGAGACCCAUUCGACAAAAUUUAUUAUCGACUUCAUCUUUAUCAUCAUCAUCACCACAGUUAUCAUGUUAUUCUGGUUCAGUUUGUAAAUAUGCAGAUGAUAUUGAGGAAUCAAGUAUCAUGUGUUCAGAUGAAGAUGAUGUGACAAUUUCAUCUAAUGGAUCGAAAGCAAGAAUAUAUGAAGAUGUUAAUGAUUCUCGUUUAGAAUUUUCUGAAGCUCUUGAUGCCGCUGUAAGAGGAAAUCGUCAGUCAUCUUCCUCAUCGUCACCAUCAGGGUAUCGAAGAAGAGAAAGAGGAGAAAAUAUAAGAUCUAAUAGAUUAGGUGGUGGUUAUAUCGAUACAGGCGCCGAAAUUGAAGGUUGGAGAGAAAGAACAAUUUCUACUACUCCUGAGGUUAUUUCUAAAAGUGACCUUUUAUAUUCUCGAUUGACACCUUCUAAUUAUGGUUCAGAAGGUUUGGGAAUGUUCACUCCAUGUUCGUCGACAUCUUCAUCAACUAGAACACUUUCCAGAGGAAGUAUUGAAAGUUCUUUGGUUCAUCGACCAGUCUCAUCGACAUCAGAACUUGAAUCAGGUUGGGGAAGUCAAGAAGCUAUUGAAUCGACAAUCGAUGAUCGUCCUUACAUGAUACACACUCGAGAUCGGGGAAUGUUAACAAACUAUGAUUCGGAUGAAAGAUCAGAUUAUAGUAGAAAUCUAACAAGUAUCCUGAUUGGAAUGGAAGAUAAUCGAAGUAAUCGAAGCAGUAGAAUAAGUCGAGUAUUUGGAGAUAUUGAAGAAGCGGAAUUGGAAGUAGAACCAAGUUCACUUGGAUCAUCUUCGAUGAACUCAUUAAUUACUACAAAUACUAAUUCUAAUUCUAAUAACAAUAAUAGUACUAAUCAAAGAAUUGAGAAUACAAUUGAAGGUGGAAAUGAAGAUGAAGGUGAAGGUGAAGGUGGAAAUGAUUUCGAUGGUGCGAGUAGAAGGUGUGACGAUAAUAUGGAAGAUGAUGGAAAAGAUGAGAAAAAUGUAAAAUCAAUUAAAGUGCAAAGGUAUUUAUCUGAUUCUAGAGAAUCAAAUCAGGAUGAUCGUGAUGAAGAAUUAGAACAAAUCGAGAAAAAUGAGCCACAAGUAUCUCGAAUGGAAAGAAAUGAAUAUGCUCAAGGUUUGAGUAUUAGAAGAAGAGAAAAGGAUUGUGAUAAUCCAGAAAUCGAUAGAUUAGCUGAUCGAGAGAAAACAUCGAAUUUCGAUGAAGAGAAAAUAAUUCGUGUUCUAUCAGCACGAAGAAUAAUAGUACAAGAAGAGAAAGAGAAGAAGAAAGAAGAUGAUGAUGAGGAGAGUGAAAGAGAUAAAGUGGAAAAUGAUGGCGAAAAACACGAUAAAGAUGGAAAAAGUAAGAGAGAUGAAAGAGAACAUGAGAGAGUUGGAGAAAAGAAAGAGAUAAAGAAUGAGAAAGAUCAUGAAGAUGAAGAUGAAAAGGAUGAACAAGAUGAAAACGAAGGUGGAAUUGAUCAGGUUCUUAGUAAAUCUCCUUCGAAAUUCGUUUCGAUGUCAACAACUGAUUCUACACCUGCAAUGGAACCUGAAUAUUCAUCAUCAUUAUCAUCAAUGAAUUCUAAACGAUUGGCGAAUAUUCUCUUGUAUCCACAAGAGAAAGAGAACAACAAUACAACAGAUAAAAAGAAGGAAAGUGUUAAAUAUACAACAACAUCCACUCUCUCUACUACUUCUCUUUCUCAUUCACCUUCUAUUCCUCCAUCUUCCCCACCAUCAGCAACAUCUCUUUCUCCUUCUCCGUCGUCUUGUUCAUUAAUUCCAACAUCAACCUUGAGACCAAGAAGAGGAAGAAGUGCAGGUGGAGAAAGAAGAAGUUGUUCUGAUCCAUUCGGAAGUAUUAUUAAUAAUAAUCCCCAUUCAUUGAGUUCUAGUGUUCGGGAUCACUUUAAAUCUCGAGCAAGUAUAACGGUUCCUUAUAGUGGGAUAACCAUUUCAAGAGGAUUAGUUUCGGGUUACCUGAGACCCUCGGUAGUUAAUCUAUGUGGUGAUUAUGGUGGUGAUAUUCAAGGAAUCGAGGGGGAGUCAAAGUGUAAUGAAAAUGAAGAAAAACAGAACAGAACUAAACCAACAGCUGAUGAUAAUAACAAUGAGAAAAGUUCUGAUUUUAGUAAAUAUAUUUUAAAAUCUCUUAAAGAGUCUAGUAAAUUACCCAAGUGCCAACAAUCAUCUUCAUCUUCAUCAAAUCCAACAACAUCUUCAUCAAAUGUAACUACUUCAUCGACAUCAACCAGCAUUAAACCAACGAAUUUAUCUGCUCGUUCAAUCAGAAUCGCUCGACAGAAACUUGAUCCUGAUUCAUUAUUAAGUUUACUUCGUCCACAACAAAACGAUAAUCGACCAUCUUCACCUCCUCCUCCUCCACCACCACCACCACCUCAACCCUUUCCAGUAAUUCUUCCUUAUUCCAAUUCUUCAUCGUUGUCUACUUCACCUCUUCCACCACCACCCACAUCUCCACUUCCACUUCCUCUGCCACCUUCAAAUUCAUCACUGCCAACUCUUCAAUCUUCGAGUUUGCCUGAAACACUUUCUUCUGUUUCUAUGGUUCGAUCAAUUGUUCCACAAACAAUCACCAUGUUCCCUGUUUCGUGUACUACUCAAACUAGAGAUUCUUACACUUCUCCGCAAGUUUGUUCAAUUGGAUUACGACAAGAUAAUUGUUCCAUUUCUACAAAUACAGAAAUUGAUAUGGAACUAAUGAAUAGAAUCCUCGAUAAAAUUCUUGCUCCCAAAGUUUCAAUAUCAAUACAAACAGAAGAUCAAUCAAGUAAACCAAUUAAAGUUCGAAAGUGUCGUGAUGCUUCAGUUGGAACAGAAAAGUUUAGUCGUGAAAGAUUCUCAGCACUUCCAGAGACUCGAUCUAAACAUACACAAACUGAAUGUUCGUGGCUUCGAAAUAAAUCCAAAGCCGUUUCUACACAAGACGAUGAUUCGUCUCUUCCAAUUACUCUUCAAUCAUCCUCACCUACAGAGUCUCGUCCAUUUCGAGGUAUUGUUAGAAUAGUUCGUGAUCGACCCUACAAAUUAACGAAAAACAUAAACAUACAAACCGAUUUACCAAUUAGACGAGAGAUGAUAUUGUCUGAUAGAAAGUCUCGGAAACUAAGUUCUUAUAAUGACAAUAGAAAAAUAGUUAAGAUAGAUGAUGAAGAUUUAGAAGAAGAGAAAGAAAUUUUUGUUGAUACAGAGACGGAAAAAGAUGAAGAUGAAGACGAUGAAGAUGGAGAUGAUUCAUAUUUUGAAGAAAAAGAUGAAAUUCAAAAGGAAGAAGAAGAGGAAGAUGGAGAUAAUUUAGAUUCAGUUUCUUCUCAAUCCAAACUAACGAAACAAGUUAAUCAAUCGACACAAAUUUCGAGCUCAUUCCCAUCAUCGUCUUCGUAUUCCCUAACUAGAUCCCCGACAUUUGAUAUUAUAAAUAAUACGAUCAAAAGAAGACCCAAAGUCAAUACUGCCGAAAAAGUUAAAAUAAGUAAGAAACAGAAAUCGGUCCAAACUGAACCUUUAACAAUGAUUCGAGGUAUUGAAUUACCUUUACCUGGAACAGAAACAAGGUCAGUUUCAAGGGCAACAUCACCAACUACCAAUACAAUUGACGAUAAUUACUCGAUAUCGAGAUGUUCAUCAAGACAAUUAAUGAUUUCACCAGAACAUCGAGUUAGACCAAUAAGAGAAUCAAAUAUUAAUCAAAAUAAACCUCAAUCAUCAUUAACACGAUCAAAUGUUGAACAAAUAAAUAAUCAACGAUCGUCUAUUAAUAACAUUGUUAAUUAUGGAAAUACAAUUAGAUCAGAGUCUAAUAGAUCAAGACCCUUAAGGUCACCAUCUCUUUCACCAUCGAGGUCACCAUCAAGAUCAUCCAAUCAAUUAUACAGAAUCACAUCUCAAAAUCCGGUGAUGAUGAAACAGCAACAAUCAAAUGAAAAGUUAUCAUCUCAGUUUGAACCACAUCAACAACCAUCAAUCCAACAGCAACACAACUACUAUAAUCAUCAGCACCAACAACAACAAAAUCAACACCGUCAGACUGAACAAACGCCAAUCCAUCAACAAGCCAACAUCAAUAAUCAUUAUCAUCAACAACGAUAUUCAAAUGAUCCAAUUUUACAACAACAGCAACAGUCCCAUCAACCGUUUUCUGGGAUGGCUCAACCACAAACGAUUGAUCAACAAUCAGUACCGAUCCAAUCGAUACCAGUUCAAGCUCCAGUUCAAGUCCAUACACCAACUCCAGCACCAAUCCCGAUUCCAGUUUCAGUUUCAGUUCCAAAUUCAGCUCUAGGAUCAACAUCAGAGACAAAAACACCGACAUCAGGGAUAGUAAAUAAAGAUACUAGUGGUAAUCAAACGACUGAUUUAAUUGUUCGUCCUUAUCCAUCUCAACCUAAUGAAAGUUUAAUCAAGAGUUUCGGUCAACAAUUACAAACACAUUCGAAAGUAAUUGUUUCCAUAAAUAAACCAAGUCAACGUGAGGUUUCCGAAGUUUCCUCGAUCACGACAAUGGAUCGAAAUGGUAAAUUAUCAAGGAAAACUCAAGUCUCUACUAGUCGAAAGGUUCCCGUGUUUACUGGUCUAAACUCGGUGAGAAAUCAUGAAGAUGAUCAAGAGACCCAAAGUACCGUUACUCAGCCCGUUAUAACAUCGCCGACACUUUCAAAGGCCACUUUCCCAUCGACCACAGUCUCACCUUUGGGUAAAAAGUAUUUCCAACCAACAGCAACAACUACAACAAUCAGUGCAUCAUCAACUCGACCAUCAUCAGCAUUAGAGAAUCUUGAUCAAAAUUUUGAUAAUAAUCAUAAUACAAAAAUACAACAAGACGAUAAUUAUUAUAUUCAGUCGAUUGAUGAUGAUAUAGAAUCGAAUAUCUUUUCACCACCCCCUCCAAUAUCUCCUCUUGCCUCUCAUCCUUCUCAUCAUUCCAUUCAACCAAUUCAACCGAUUCCUCGUCAAUCUAUUCCUUUAUCAUCCUCGUCAUCAAUAAAUCGAGUAACGGAUCCUCUUCAUAUUCUAAUUAAUGAACCUGAACAACAACACGAUAAUCAACCUGAUGAUAUUGCACUACCAUCACCUGCUCAAUCAUCUUCUUCAUCUUCAUCCUUAUCAUCCACCCCACUUGAAAUUCAUUAUCCCCAAUCAACUGCCCAAACUGGUUAUCACAAGCAAUUGUUACCUCCUCAUUCAACUGACCAACAUACUGACCAAUCGCAAUCACAUCAAGAUCAACAUGAAGAUCAACAUCAGCGAUCGACAUCUUCAAAUCGACUUGUCCAAACGAGCAAUUCUACUAAUCCGAUACUCGUAACUGCUGCAAAUAGACGAGGAAUCAAAGGUCCAAUUAUUGGUAUCACAUGGGAAGAGGCGAGUAGCUCGACAAUUUGUAGCGAAAUGUCAACUGAACCUUUUAAAGACUCUGCAGGGACUUUACAUCGACCGAAAUCUGUUUCGCUUUCAAGUGAAACUGUUAUCGGUUCAACAGGAAAAGAUACGAAAGUCGAGACUCGAUCUCGAACUAGUCGUCGAUAUGCCGAUAAUUGUAUAAUAGAACCAGACAUUAAAUCGGAAACUAUUGUAACAGAUUCUCCGCCAUUUCCUAUUACUAAUACUUGUUCUGAAUCCAAUAAUCGGAAUGUUUUACCUUCGAACUCUGAAGAUUCUCAUCGUCCCCCUUUACCUCCAACAACUAAUCAACCAUCUGAUCAAAAUGAAUCUUCAAAACCUCCAACACAAUCACCCACUUCUCCAUCAAAAAUCUAA